AUGUCGGCACUGGUCCAUCUCGCAUCGCCGCAAACCAAGAAGGCGCCUGUCGUCGUAGAGCCAGGUCGCUAUCCACUCGCUCUUCCUGAUGGCCACAAGUUCACCAUUACGGUCAGUCACGACAAGGGCUCUUCCUCCCAUGCUGACAACGAAACGGAAGAGCGAGUGCGACACCUGGUCAAGCUAGACUCUCCCCGACCACAUGCUACGCUCGACUCUACGAAUGUUCUGCGUGUUAUCUCUCCUCUGCCUCCGUAUCCAAACCCAUCGGCUGAACCAGACACGAACGGUCUCGCUUUCCGCACCACACGAUUCGCUGAAUGCCAGCUUCAGUCGGAAGGUAACGAUGCAGAUAAGGAGCAUGUACAGACAAAUGCGCACCAUGUCUGGGGCUGGGUCAACGUCAUCUUUGCACUCUGGCCGCAACAGGAGCAUGUUCUGCUCAAGACAGAUGGGUUGGACCCGUCAUUUGCUUCCGCUCUGAUCAAGUCUGGUCUGGCGGCCUUGGACCCUUGGAAUCCACCUUUGCUGUCUACAUCAGGCGCAAAGACGCAGAUCGACACCUCACGGCUGUUGAUCCCACGCGCUGCCUUCUGGCAAGGCUGCAACUCUCCAACUACUGGCUUUGCGCCCUGGAUCCUUCCUCUAGCAGACGCGGCAACACGGAGUGCACUUCUGUCUUCCAACUCGGAAACAGUCACAAACCCUCUCACUGCACCUUUCCGACCACCACCUUCGGCAGGUCCCAUCUACUCUCGUUUUAUUCCGAGACUCAACUCUCACCUCACAUUCCGAGUCGCUUCCUCCACCAACUCCAAAGACGUCGACCUGCUCACAGCGUGGCACAACACAGACCGAGUCAACGAAGGCUGGCGACAGCGUCUCACCCGCCAAGAGCAGCUCGCAGAGAUGCAAAAGAAUGAACGAAACCCAUACACCAUCGGUCUCAUCGGUGAAUGGGAUGGCGAACCUUGGGGCUACGUCGAGAUUUACUACUCAAAACAAUCGAACCUCAAAGAUUUCUACAAUGCGGGACAACACGAUCGUGGCUUCCACGCUCUGGUCGGGGAAGAAAGAUUUAGGGGAGCUCAUCGGGUGAGAUCGUGGAUGGGAAGCGUAGUGCACAUGAUGUUUUUGUUGGAUCCGAAUACAAAGCAGUGUGUUUCGGAACCGAGAUUGAGCAAUACAAAAAUGGUAGAGUAUGAGAUGAUGGUGGGUGGGAAUGUGGAGAAGGUGGUUGAUUUUGGACAUAAGCGAGCUGCGUUGGUGGUGUUUGGGAAGGAGAGGUACUUUCAGUUGUGUCCGAUGGGGCCACUGCCUGAACAACUUACUUAG